AUGGCUGAUGAGAAAUCUAUGAUUCCGCAGGUGCUUGAAUACCUCUCGAAGAAAGGUUACAAUCAAACUGAGGCGACGCUGCGGAAGGAAAGUGCAAACGCGGACUCGAAUGGAAACCYAGUGCGCCAGUCGGUGGAGGAUCUGGGCGGCAAAAAGUACGCGCGUGCAUUUGAUCUCACUCGAGAUUGGGUCGACAGCGUACUGGACAUUUACAAACCCGAGCUGAAGCGUUUGCUAUGGCCAUUAUUUGUCUAUUCGUAUCUGCAAUGUGUGGCCGACCAUUUUUCUCGAGAAGCACAAGAAUUCUUCCAGGCUUCGCGGGAGCCCUUUGAGCAGGAACACUCCGAUGAUCUUCGCGCCAUGGCCAAGAUCUACGACGUGGGACAUGUCGAGUCAAACGAGACUGCGCAGCUGUACUUGAACAACAAGUACCGCYUUACCGUGACCAAAAUGGCCUACUCAACUCUCAUUACUUUUUUGGAGGCCAACGAAGAAAAGGGCGGGAAGAUUGUAAUGAGCAUCGUUACAGCACACAUGGACAUCAAACCGGUUGAUCGCGCUACGGGCGGCGAGGAGCAAAGCUUGGCGAGGCUUCUCGCGCAGCGUGGAGACUCUCAGGAUGUUCCUGCCGAAGACGAAGGAAUUCCUGGCCAUAAUCCAGGGUCUGCAAACCUGGAAUCGACCACCAACAUACUAACAAGAGUCUACCUUGCACGACCACCAAUAGAGGCUGAUUUGAUGGAAGACGUCAAAGCUGAGCUGCAAGAUCACGAUGCGUCUCAUCCGCCCGCGCCAGGGCAGAAUUCGCUGGUCGAGGAGUUCGAGCAACGAAUCAAGGACGAACCCGUCGACGAUGGACCACCAGGUGGCUAUCUCCCAUUUCCACCUUCGACCGCUCGAGAUGUCGCAAUGGAGGUGCAGCGCUUGAAAGAGAACCGCGACCGAUUCAGGAUCGAGCAGAAGACAGGCGGCGUGGGACCGGGGGUCAGCGUCACCAUGUACACGUUCCACAACACCUUCGACAGCAUAAACUGCAUCGAAUUUUCAGGCGACAAUAAGCUCGUGGCUGCGGGUAUGGCAGAGUCGUACAUCCGCGUCUGGUCACUUGAGAAUCACGUCCUCACUUCACCCACGGAUCCAUCCGCUUAUCAAGCAUCCUCUUCGCGACGCCUAGUCGGUCACGCUGGACCAGUCUACGCGCUGUCAUUUUCCCCGUCGUUGGACAUUUCAAACAGCACGACAUCAUCUCGACCACGCUAUUUGUUAUCCUCCUCCGCAGACUGCACAAUCCGGCUGUGGUCGCUCGACACGUGGACCAACCUUGUCGUCUAUCGCUCGCAUACAUCACCUGUCUGGGACGUACGUUUCUCGCCGUCCGGCCACUACUUCUUGUCUGCGUCCGCAGAUCGUUCCGCGCGCCUCUGGAGUACCCCGCAGAUCGCACCGUUGCGUCUCUUUGUUGGCCAUGAUUCAGAUGUGGAAUGUGUGGCGUGGCACCCCAACAAUGCAUACGUUGUGACGGGCUCCAGUGGCGGUGACAAGACGGUGAGAGUAUGGGAUGUGCAGCGAGGCUCGGCCGUGAGAAUCUUCACAGGCCACACGGGCAACGUCACGAGUGUGAGUGUUGCAAGCAAGGGGAAGACUAUUGCUAGUGGUGACGAUAGAGGGGAGAUUUUGGUGUGGGACAUUCCAACAGGCAGGCUCCUCAAGAGAAUGAGGGGUCAUGGGAGAGGAGGAAUCUGGAGUCUGGACUGGAGUGUUGAGUGCACGGUCCUUGUUUCCGCAGGUGCAGAUGGGACUGUGAGGGUCUGGGAUGUCGCGGAAAGUGGGGAGGGCAAGAUACUGGGCGAGACGGGCGCCACCACCGCGACGACUUCUACAAGAGUCAUUGAUGGGGCGACUGUGAGCGGCGCAGGCGGUGCAUCUGCUACUGGUGCGGCGACGGGAGGAAAGAAGGGCAAGAAGGAUGUCGUGGUCAGUCCGGAUCAGAUCUCGGCAUUCCUGACGAAGAAGUCGCCAGUGUACAAGGCUAGGUUCACACAGAUGAAUCUUGUCAUGGCCGGGGGUGUAUACCUACCUUGA